CUCCUCUUCGGAGUCUUCAAAUCUUCCUCCGCCUCCAAUUUCGUCUGCGACUGCGGCCUCUCCGACGUCCACGACCCUGCCACCUCCUCCACCUCGAGAUUCACCGUCCCUCCCUCGCCCUCCUCCAGCAUCAACAUCCUCCCCUUCCUCCCCAAGCACCCCAGUUCCCCCACCAUCGACAUAGACGGUGAAGAACAAGAUCUGCGGUGUGUUGAUUACUCCUCUUCGACUACGAGCACCACAGCGACGGCGGCGACUUCUUCGUCUUCCUGCUCCACCACAUCCUCGUCUUACGAGAGCUGCGCUGUUGCAGACCGGAGGAGAUCGUCGGUAGCGAUUGGGAGCAACAUCGCGGCAGUGAAGGAUUCAGGCGAUCCGUACUGGGAUUUUAGUGAUUUGAUGACGCAGAUGGUGGUGGAGAAGGGGAUUUACAGCCAGAGCGGGUUGGAAGAGCAGCUGAAGCAAUUCCUGGAGCUUAAUUCCCCCUGUUACCACGCCAUCUUCGUUCGGGCCUUCACUUCGAUCUGGAAUGAAGUGGUGGUCGCCGCCGCCGGCGUCGGCAGGCAGCACGAUAUCAUUUGGAGAGACAUCAAUCAUAUUAUUUAUUUUUAUAAUUUAAUAAUUUUAUUAAAUAAGUAA